GUCUCUGUCAAUCAAUUUAUUAUUUGAGAUGGGAGUUAUGUAAAGAACACUAUUUUAUUAUCUCUAAUUUGUUUUCUCGAAAACCAACCAUUCUUCCCUAAUCGAUCCAUUCCCUCCUCCACACCACCCCUACCCACUCCCUUCUCUCUCUCUCUGCUUCCUUAUAUACAAAAUUUCCCUUUUCACAUACUUUUUCUUUCCUGAUUGCAAAAACCCCUUUCUCCUUUUUUCCCCAGAAUUAAUUAUUGACGCUUGUUUCUGCAAAACUCCUUUUAAGCCUUUCCUUGUGGGAUAUCUUUUCAAACCUAGCCUAACUAAGCCUACACCACAUCUCUCUCUCUCAAAAGCUAUAGAAAUUAGACAGGCAUGCAAAUGAUAAGGUACUCAUGAUAUAAUCACACUCCAUUCUCCACUCAUAAUCCAUUAUUUCCCUCUUCCCAAAGUAUAAUCUUUCCAACAAGUGUCCAUGUAUCUGAGCUCAAACACGCCCGAUCUCUCCUUACAGAUCAGUCCGCCCUCAGCGACACAAACACCCCGUGAUCGGAGCUCCACCGCCGAUUCCGCCAGCAGUGGCGGCAGCGAUUUGAGCCACGAAAAUGGUAUUUUCAACAAUCAAGUUGUUGAGCCCACUCUGCGCCUAGGGUUCGAUGUACCUCGCCACUAUCAGCCUCAGAUGUAUGGAGGAAGAGAGUUCAAGAGAAGCUCCAGAGCCACAAUUAAUGGCGGCGUCGGCGUUCGAAGAAGUGUUCGAGCGCCCCGAAUGAGAUGGACCACCACUCUCCACUCCCAUUUCGUGCACGCCGUUCAGCUACUUGGCGGCCAUGAACGAGCGACUCCUAAAUCAGUACUAGAGUUGAUGAAUGUGAAGGAUCUAACCCUAGCUCACGUGAAGAGCCACUUGCAGAUGUACAGAACAGUGAAGAGCACUGACAAAGGAACAGAUAUUGGACCGAAACUGCAUACGACAAGAAUCGAAGAUGAGAAAGAUGAGGAUCCCUGCACUGUGAUUGCGCCAUUAGUAGCCGCACCACCACCACCACCGCUGUCUCUUUCAUUAUUGCAUAUCCAACACGCUCAGAGGUGGGUGCACUUCUCAGAUUCUCUCGCGAUUUCCUUUUAUUUCCUCAUUUUUGCCUUAAUAUCAUGCCUCCUUUUUUUAACACACUCUUAUAUUGCAAAUUACACUACUACCUCAUUUUUAACUUGUAACUUCACUUUUCCUCAAAAAUUAAAAAAAACUUGUAACUUGACUUCAAACGUAUUGUUAAUAUUCUUGUCACAAUUUGGGAUUAGUUUUAGAUGGUGUUUGGUUGAGCUUAUAAGCUUUUGAGAAGUGUUUCACACAAUAAGCUUCUAAACAUCAUAAAAACCUUGAAAAUAAGCUACAAUAACUUCCCAAAAAUUAAGUUCUUCAACCCCAAUUUGUUUUUUUCAUAAUUUUAUAAGCAAUACUAAAUUUACAAAAAUAAUGUUAGUUAUUUAAAAUACAUACCCUACCAAUUUCAUAUAUCUUCCACUUUCUCUCUCUAACUCACGAUCUUGUUUGUCAUUUAUAUAUGCUCAAUUAUCGAAACACUUUUACAAUUUAUAAGCUUUUAAAUCUUUUACACUUUUAUAAGUUGUUGCGUCGGAGCAUAUAUAAGCUCUCUAAGCUAAGCUUAGAUAAACCCUCUUAACCGAACCAAAGCCAAUCGCACAAGACGUAAUAAUGAAAUAAUACUACGACUUUUAACAUUUUCAAUUUUCAAAUAUGGGACUUAUAUAUAUAUAUAUAUAUAGUUUGUUCAUAUUAAUGUUUCAGACAUUCUUGGUUAAGUUCUGCUAGCUGCUGGCGAAGAUAGACUCAUAAUUAUUUUCUCACAGAUUAAGAAAGUUAACACACGUUAGAACAUUAAUUCUUAACAUAUAGCAAUAUCAAGCUACAUUAACUAUGGCCAUUAUGUAAAAAUAAACGUAUAAAGACAAAUAUUGUAUCUAGUAAGUGGUCCUUAUUUUUUUAUACAAUAGGGAUUAAUAUUUUUUUUAUUGCCAUAGAGGACCAGUAGCUGCUGCAUUUCAGGGUCAAAUGUGAGCUUUUUUGAAUAAAUUUGUUAGGAUAUUAAAAAUUAAUUAAUUGCGGAGAAUUACAGAAUUACUAUUAGAGUACCUAGUACGGCGCUAUAGGGUUUGUAUGGUUUCGGUUUGUUUCCUUUCUUAGUUUGCAUCAUCUCAAAGCAAACAUCUCAAUCCUUUAAUUACAUGUUUGAUUGUACAAAUCUCAAUGUGUCUUAAAAAGUCAAAGAAUGGUCCAAAUCUCAAUAAUGUUGUAUUAGAAGACGUCUAAUAUUUAUGGUGACAUUUGGCGAAAUGGUAGGGGUCCUAAUUAUAUACUACUAUCCAUCUUGGACGGUUGAUCGAUAAGGUUAUCAAAGACUGCAUUAUUUAAGUCAACAGUAUAAACAGUUAAAACAUUAUAAUAGCAGAAUAUAUAAACUAGCCAUGCAUUUAAAUGAAAUUAAAUGAGGCAACAGCUUUCAUUUUCAGAAGAGCAUCCACUAACUGAUUCAUGUGGAUGGAAGCUGAGAAAGUAAAUAUCCGUACUGUAGUCAUUCAAAUAGUGGUUGAAAAUAUCCUCUGUUAUAUAUUAUCAAAUCUGUCGCAUUAAUUUAACUUAUACUAAUAUAUUUUUUUUAUUUCUUUCAAAUAAUAUUACCUAUGAUGGGGCUC